AUGGAAUUGACCAUUAUUGCAGUAGGUGUGGGUUCUGUAAUCAUCUUCGUCAUUUUUGGACUGGCUUUGUUCAUAGUCGUCUCGAAAAGACGAGAAAUGAAGAAGAAGAUGCGAAAGACUGAUGGCCAUUUGACUUCAGAUGAGUUUAAUGCGACAUCUAGGGCUGGUGUCAGACAGGUAAUUCUCGUUGACUUGGCCAUUGUCGAGGACGUGGUCGUUCAGGGUGAUUUGUUGGUUCACUUGGAUGUGGAUCUGGUCAUCGAAUUGGACGCGUUACGAUGUUACGACGCAUAUGCACCGUCCAGCAUCGUAUCCCGGAGCUGUCGAAUCGUAGAAGAAAAGGUGGACGACGCAGUGAUGAAGAUUGUGAUUGUGAUGAACAAAGCCAGUGAUGCACUCGGCGCGUGCAACUGA